AAAUAUAUCAGAGUAAAUGAUACCUUGUCGAGUCCGACAAAGAGUCGGUGGAGAAGAAAGAAGCAAAAUUCACUGCAAAACAAAAUACUCUCUCUCUAAAAUCCGGCUUCUCCGGCAUUAACCUUGCCGUAAAUUUCUGAUUCCGGAAACCUGUCAGCCUUCGCUAUUUCUGCUAUCUGACUCGAGCUCCUCAUAAAAAAUCUAUUUAAAAGCCUUUAUUUCUGUGUUUGACUGUGUGGAGAAGGUAGAAGAAAAAUCUGUGGAGUGUUUGUCUGUGCACAUUAUUAGAGGUUGGCAUUGCGAAAUUUGUGUGUGAAUAUUUUAGAGUCGAUGCAGUACUUUUCGUUACGGUUCUUCGAUCUCGGUUUUGGAAGUGGAGUGUGCAAUACCAGUUAUUGAAAUGAACGGGAGACACCAGAAUGGAAAAAACUGCAGUUUUGAGAGAACUUUUCCGGGGUGCUUGGGAAGAAUGGCGAACUUUUUUGACCUGAAUGGUGCGGUGGCUGGAAACAGGCUGCUCACUGAUAAACCACAUCGAGAUGGUUCACCACUCUCAAAAAGCCAAGCAGAUGAUGCAUCUUUGUCUCCAUCUAAUUACCAAAUAGAGGACAAAGUGAUUGUGCCUGAACUCGAAAGAACUGGUUCAAACAGAAAAUCAAAUGCAACACCCAUAAAGAUGCUCAUUGCCGGAGAAAUGUCCAAAGAAGUAGAUUCCAAACACAGUCCGUCUAAUGUGGUUGCUAAGUUGAUGGGUCUUGAUGCCAUUCCAUGCCAGGAACCUGAUUCAGUUGCACAACGAAGCCAUUUUAAAGGUCAUCCUCGAAGUCAUUCAGAUAUACCAGUGAGUUACUGGAAGCAACAGAAUGGAUUCUUUGAAUAUGUAGAACCAAAUGAGUGCAGCGAUGUUUAUGAAAAACGUAAGAAAUCACAAAAAACAAAUUAUCUGCUAGACAAAUCACCACAGAAGGGAAAAUAUUAUGAAACUACUAAUGACAAGAAGAUGGCUCUUGUUCGCCAGAAGUUCAUUGAAGCAAAACACCUGUCUAUGGAUGAAAAACUUCGGCAGUCAAAGCAAUUCCAAGAUGCCUUAGAAGUUUUAAAUUCCAACAAAGACUUAUUUCUUAGGUGUCUGCAAGAACCAAAUUCACUGUUUUCUCAGAAUCUUUACAAUCUGCAGUCUAUCCCUCCUCCUCCUGAGACGAAGAGAAUUACCAUUCUUAGACCUUCAAAGAUGGUGGACGGUAACAACUUUUCUGCAGUGGGGAAUAAAGAUGGAAAACUGGUGAAGAAAGGUGGAUUGGAAAAAAGCCAUCAGAGAUGUUCCCCUCCAGCGGGACGGAAGAUUGACGAAACUCCCACUCAACCAACUCGAAUAGUAGUUCUGAAGCCAAGCUCAGUGAGACCACACGAUAUUAAGUCUGUUGAUUCUCCACGGUCAGAAUCACCAAGGAUAUUACAUGGGGAUGAUUUUUUUGGUGAUGUAGAAGAUGACGAGAAACAAGAAUCUAAAGAAGUUGCAAAAGCAAUCACACAGCAGAUGCGUGAAACGCUCCAUAGAGAUGAAACCUUGCUUUCUUCUAUGUUCUCCAAUGGAUAUGUCGGUGAUGAAAGUUCAUUUAAUAAAUCGGAAAUUGAAUAUGCAGAGGGUAAUCUCAGUGAUUCAGAAGUCAUAUCACCCACAUCUAGGCACUCUUGGGAUUAUGUUAAUAGGUUUGGUAGCCCUUACUCAUCCUCAUUUAGCCGUGCAUCAUAUUCUCCAGAGUCAUCAGUUUGCAGAGAAGCAAAGAAGCGCCUCUCUGAAAGAUGGGCAAUGAUGACAUCUAAUGGGAGCUGUCUAGAACAAAGACCCGUGAGGAGAAGCUCUAGCACAUUGGGGGAAAUGCUUGCUCUUUCUGAGGCAAAGAAGGCUGGAAUUCCUAAGGAACUAGGUAGCACUAUUGAAGAACCUAAGAAUUCUGAUUCUCUCUUUGGUAGUGAGCAGACAGAGGAUGAAAAUCUAGAUAAUUCUCCUAGGAAUCUCUCGAGGUCAAAAUCCGUUCCAGUAUAUUCUGCUGAGUUUGGCACCAGGCUCAAUGUAGACAUUCCGGAUCCAGAGGUUUCUAAGGAGGCUACAAAGACAAGAAGUGGAAAAUUGUCAUUCAGAGGAAAGGUUUCAAGUUUGUUUUUCUCAAGAAACAAAAAAACUAGUAAAGAUAAAUCUGAAUGCAAAGAUGAGUCUUGCUCAUCUGCAAUACAUUUUGGGCAAGUAGGCAGAGAUCGAGGUGAACGACUUAGUGAUGAAGGGCUUGAAUGUCUGUCACCUGUUGAGAAGGAUCCAUCAAUUAAAGCAGCUUCCCCAAAUAUAAUUGGCCAGCAGGGCAUUACAUCUCCCAAGAGUGAACUGUCUGUAACAAAAUCUGUUGCACCUGGAAACCGAAGUGAGAACCAGGACCAACCAAGUCCAAUAUCAGUCUUAGAUCCAAAUUUUGAAGAGGAUGAACAUGCAGCGCUGGAGUCCUCUAGUUUUGUCAAGCCUGAUCGACAUGGAUUUGAGUUGCCGGUUCAUCCUGUUAGAUCAAAUUUGAUUGACAAAUCACCACCCAUAGGAUCUAUUGCUCGGACACUACCAUUGGUUGAUUUGGUUAUGGAUACAUCCUCUUCAUAUCCCUUAAAAUCAUCCUUACCCUCCCCAGGAGCAGAGGAAGAAUGGUUUUUCUUUGUUCAGACAUUAUUAUCAGUGGCUGGACUUGUUGGUGAGGAGCAACCUGACUCGUUCUUGGUUAGAUGGCACUCACCUGAAAGCCCAUUGGACCCAUCAUUAAGAGACAAGUACAUAGAUUUAAAUGAGAAAGAGACGCUACAUGAGGCUAAGCGAAGGCAAAAGAGGUCGACCUGUAAACUUGUGUUUGAUUGUGUGAACGCAGCAUUAGUGGACAUUGUGGGAUAUGGACCGGCCUCAUCCCAAAGAACCAUCCCAUGCACUGGGGCUAAUAAUAGCUCAUUGGAGAAUGCAUCAUUGAUGAUGCUGGACCAGGUGUGGGCCAGGAUGAAGAUAUGGUUUUCUGGUCAGGCCAGAUGUGUUUCGAUAGGUUUUGGGGAUGACAACAGCCUGGUGGUUGAGAGUGUAGUAAGAAAAGAGGUGGUGGGGAAGGGGUGGGAUGAUCAUUUGAGACUGGAGAUGGAUAAUUUAGGAAAGGAAAUUGAAGGGAAGUUGCUAGAAGAGAUUGUGCUAGAUGCUGUGGUGGAAUUGACAGGUAGACUUUGAUGAUACUUUAUACAUUUUAGUGACUUAAAUAAUUUCUUUAAUUUACAACUCUAUUGUUUGUGCA